AUGGCCAAAUCUUUCCCAGUGCUCUGCUCAUUACUGUUCUUCAUGCUGAUCCAUUCGGUGGUACCAUCUGUCCGUGAAGAAUGGUGGCCACCCCAUGGAGAUUUCAAGGUGAAAUGUCCAUAUAAGAAAGUAGACUUGAGCUGGUUCAAAGGAACAUUGAAGCCCUGCCGUGGUAUAUAUCAUCCGGUCUGUGGCACCAAUUUGGUAACCUAUGAAAACCCCUGCAUCUUGUGUGUUGAGAGCUUGAAAUCUUCUGGGCAAAUUAAGUUUCUACGUGAUGGAGCAUGCUAGUUAAGCAGGCUUGGAUGUGAAAGAAUAUAUCUUCUUUUUCUCCCUCAUGGCAGUCCUCUUCUUACAACUCACCUGUCCUUUUUUCCUCCUUGCAUAUGUUCUUGGUGACAGAGAGCUGCCCCUAUUGAGCUUGUAUCAGAUAGUGAAAGCUUCCUUCUUUAGUCCUCUUCCCUCUUUG